UGGUUGAAAAACACUGCCCUAUGACUAUCAUUAAGUGCUGUACCUUAUGAUUCUUGACGAAUGUAUCUUAUCUUUUAUGUACAGAGAGCAUAUGAAUCAAAGACAAAUUCCUUGUGUGUACAAUCACACUUGGCCAAUAAAGAAUUCUAUUCUAUUCUAUUCUAUCUCUACUCUAUCCUAUCUCAGGGGAACUUAGAACAAAACGAGGUCAAAGACACCGCAACCCUUUCCUCCUCAAAACGAGAAUAAACUUCUAAAAAAUCAGGCUGGAUUUCCCCUCCUCCUAUUCUUACCUGCUUGUAUUUUACAACGCCUCGUCUAAUCACCCCUCCUUUGCCCAAAACCCUUCUCUCCAACACGCUUUGAGAAACGGACGCAGUUUCUCUUUGACUUCCGUGGGAUUUUCGCGGACGGAACCUUACGAAAGCCAUUGGUUGAAAGCAAAAAUAGCCACCCCACACACUGGCCUGAAGUACGCCUGGCCAGAGUUUACAUCGGGUGGAGACGAUGGAUGAGGUAGACCUCCGAACCCAAAGCGAACACAACCACCCAGCCGAGAUAGUUCUCGUUGGUUCCCAGCAUGCAAACGAGCUUCCUAGAGCGGCGGAGGCUUCCGCCCAACUCCGGAGAGUUUCCUUCACUGGAGCUACAGGGGCAAAAUGGCGGCCAAGGCGCCAAAUACAAAUAUUUGAAUUUGGCGAGGUGAGGGCUGACGCUGUCUCUGGCCGACUUGUGCUGAGGGUGGUGAGGCCAUGGACGCCUCGGCGUGUAUGAAGUCUCUGCUCUUGGCGGCUUCUCAGUACCGAGCUGCCCGCACCCAGCCCAACGCAGCGCUGCUCCAGCGGAAUUUAGAGGUUAUUUCAGGAUUGAAAUUGACAAAAUUGUUUGCAUCAAAUCAUAUUUUACCAAGUGAAUGCCUCAAUUGCUUAGUAGAACUUAUUGAGGACCCAAAUCUAAGCCCUCCAUUAACUUUGAAUGUUGUAGGCUUGCUUUCUCAAUUAGAUAAUGAAACCGGAGAAGCCCUUCAGAAUGCUUACAAUCUGUGUGGUGCCCUUGUAAGUGUAAUUCUUCGAAGUUCUACAAAUCCUAUUGACCCAGUAAUAUUGCAAAGUAUUCAACUGCUACAGAAACUGACCUACAAUGCAAGAAUACUGCAAGCCAUUGCUAAUAUUGAAGACUUAAUUUCUUUCCUAAUGCUUCGCAUACAGUCUACAGAAGAUGAGUUAACUAUACCAUGCCUAGGACUUUUGGCAAAUCUUUGUCGACAUAAUCUCACUGUUCAAACAUAUAUCAAAUCAUUGUGCAGUAUAUUGUACGAACAUUUUACAUCUUGUCUUAAUCAAGUGAUAGGCCUCCUUCAUGGAAGAGAUUCUGAUUCUUCAGCAAAGAUAUUAGAAUUGCUACUUGCAUUUUGUUCAGUGACACAACUCCGUCAUAUUGUACGUCAAGCAGUACUGGAACCAAAUGUAGCAGUCUCUGCAAGCACAAGACUUGCAACUCGUGCUAAGAAUUCUGACUCAUCUAUUGUUUUAGUACAUUGGUCAAACCAGCCACUAGAAGUAUCUGAAAAGUGUUCAAAUCUUGCUUUGGAGCUAUUCAGGGAGCUAUUUGAGGAUGUUAUUGAUGCUGGCAAUAGUGCAACUGCUGAACGCUUUGUGGAUCUUCUUUUGCCCAUUCUUCUCGACCAUCUUCAGUUUCCUGACCACAUACUAGAAGAUCUGUUGAAAAAGAAAAAAUGUGAACGAAUGAUCAAGACUAUUGAUAUCUUGAUAACUCUUUGUGCAGAUGAUAUGCUGAAAAUGCAUGUCAUUAAAGUUUUAACAGCUAGCAAGUGUGCUACUUUAAUAGAAAACCAAUUUACUUCUAGUGGAAUUGAUUUUAGUUUUGGGACAAAAUUUGUGGACUGUGAAUUGAGCAAACUUUCUGCUGAGCUAAUCUUAAAAACACUGGAUCUGAUGAGUAAGCUUAAGCAGCUGGUUCCUAAUAUGGAAGUCAGUUUUUACAAAGUUCUUCAGGACCAACGCUUGGUUACCCCUCUGGCUUUUGCUUUAACAUCAGACCACAGAGAACAAGUUCAAGCAGGACUUAGAAUAUUAUUUGAAGCAGCCCCAUUGCCAGACUUUCCUGCCAUUGUGCUUGGUGAAAGUAUUGCAGCCAAUAAUGCUUACAAACAACAGGAAUCUGAGCAUGUCUCUAAAAGAAGAAGUCACCUGCAGACAUCCAUGACUUCUGUAAAUUCAGUAAAGCCCUCUAAUGUUUGCCAUCCCAAUGAUGGUGAUGCUGCAACUUUCAACAUUCAGGACCUGAUUCACAAACUCCAGUCUGGCUUGGAGAUGAAGGAAUCAGUCACAGACAUCAGGGUCUCUGAAAUAAUAGAAGUAUAUGAACAGAAACUGUCUGCAUUGGCAUCCAAGGAAACAAGGUUGCAGGACCUUUUGGAAGCAAAGGCGUUAGCUCUUUCUCAAGCUGAUAGACUUAUUGCCCAGUAUCGUUGCCAGAGAGCUCAAGCUGAAUCUGAGGCUAGGACGCUUGCUUCAAUACUGAAGGAUACAGAAAGAAAAAAUGAAGAUCUGGAGUCACUAAUGAAAGCACAGCAAACAGAAUCUGAACGGGCACAAAGUGAUAUUGAACAACUAUUUCAGCAUAAUCGGAAACUGCAAACAAUAGCAGAAGAAUAUGAGAUACUGAAAAGAUCUUCCAUUGAUCUGCUUCAAAAGCAUGAAACUAUCGAAAAGCAGUAUAACAAUCUGCAGGGAAUGUGUAAUUCACUGAAUAAACAACUUGAGACCCUUAAAAGACUGAAUGAAUCGCUGAAGCAACAGAAUGAAAAAACCGUUGUUCAGCUUCUCGAAACAGAAGAACACAGAAAAGAACUGAACAAACAGAUCCAAGAAAAAGAUGGAGAAAUAUCAAAUUUACAACAGAAGAUAAAAGUUCAAGAAGAAAAACUAAAAGUCAGACAGAAGGAAAAAAUAGAUAUGGAGGACAAAAUUGACAUUCUUAGAAAAGAGCUUAGCAAAACUGAACAGGCAAGAAAAGAACUGAGUAUUAAGGCAUCUUCUUUGGAAGUUCAGAAGUCACAGUUGGAAGGACGGCUAGAAGAAAAGGAGGCCUUAAUUAAGCUUCAGCAAGAAGAACUAAACAAACAUUCUCAUAUGAUUGCAAUGAUUCAUAGCUUAAGUGGUGGUAAAUUAAAUGCAGAAACAGUGAAUCUCAGUUUAUAGAGCAGAUUUUCUAAAUAUGCAAUUAAUGUUGUUUUAUGUUUCGUUAUGAAAAAACAUUUUAGGUAACUUUCCUUGAAGAUAUUAUGGCUUUUAUGAAUAGUAGGCUACAUUCUAUUCAUUUUGACACUAAUAUCUCUAUCACUAUUGGUUGCCUUGUUUAUGUAUUUAACAAGGACUAGAUAUAAUUUUAGAAAACAUAAGUUAAAAAACCAUUUGAUGCCCAAACUAUCAACUAUGCUAGGUUUACUUAAGUUAGUAAUUCUACUCUUAAACUGAUUUUACAAAAGCUUUCAUUUCCUUGUAUACAAAAUGUAGCUGAAAUCUUGCUGGUUAACCUAUACGUUCAAAAUGAAAGUAUUCAAAUAUAUAUGUAUAUAUUAUGUAGAAAAACAUUUUAAGUCUUAUAUUACAAUACAGAUAUACAUUAAUGAAUUAAAUAUUUAAAAGAAAUCUGAAUUUCCCUCCCCCCAAAAACAGAAUAGAAGCUCAGUUUUCAUAUAUUCAGUUUUCCUUCCGGUGUAAAAGUCAAAUAAUUCUCUUCAUAGUUUUUCAGAUUUAGAGAUUUCUGAAGUUAAUAGUCACAGGUUGUUUGUGUUCUUUUUAAAAAUAUUCUACAAGUUUUCUAGUAUUUAUUACAAACCUAUUUUUUUGCUGAAGAUAGACAAAGAUACUGUAUAUUUUUAAACUAGUGCAUGAAUAUGUUUUAAAAUAAUGAACUUUCAACAACUAUGUGUAGUUUAAAAAUCAACUUACAACAUAUAGAGCAAGGGCAUAUUUUCCUAUUGUACUUUAUAUAUCUGUCCUCUUUAAUGAUAUAAUGAAACCUGAUUAUGUUUGGAGACACUGAAACUCCAAAACAAUUAGUAUUAAUUCCACUUAAGAGGGUAGUGAUCAUAUGCCAACAUUUCAACAAAUACCUUUACAUUUUAAAUUCUGUGUGUCAGUCUUCCUCUUUAACUAUGUGCAAUUGAUGCUGUCAAUUAUAUUUUUGAAAGCUAUUGUCUCCAACUUGGCAGUGGUAUUUGACAUUUAAAUGAAGUAUUUAUUAUGGACUCUAGUGGUCUUUUUAUAUUUUUGUUCUAAUUGUCAUCAUUUGUCUCUGGAAAAUGAAAUAAAUAACACAAGUUA